GCAGCGUUUCCAAACAACGCGUAGGAAACCGGGGCCGCUCGAAGAUUUCCGAGUAUGGAGAGCUCCACGUCGACGACGUUGAGCGAACGUUCAACGACGAUGGACACGUUCUCGGCUAUGGGGCAGCAGCAGCCAAUGCCGCUGAUGUACAGCACACGUGAACGAGGAACAAGCACGGCGCCCGCUGCCGUGUCAGCUUCGUACGAGCCGCCGAUGCCCGAUGCAGAAAACCAAGGAACCAACCCCGAAUCAGGCGACGCCGCAGCUUCGUAUGGCCGGUCGACGUCCGGGAGCACUGCGAGUUCCCUCAGUGGAGCAUCGACUCUCACGGCGGGGUCAACUUAUAUGGACAGCCGGCGAACUUCGGAAGCCAGGGCCCCCGGCACGACGACAUACGCAGGCGAGAAGGACACGGAUGAAACGGAACGUUUGCACCCGCACGGCAUCUGGUUACCGAUGAUCACGUGCUUACUCGUCCUCGUGGUGCUGGUCUUCCUGAUGGUGUACCUUUUCUCAUCUGGGCCUGUUUUCGUAACACAAGCAGCUCAUGGUCAUCGGGCUAGUAAAACUCCCAGUACGCCGGUGCCGGUAGAAAUUGAAGCCGCAGGGCCACCGGUCCAUCAUCGGUUUCCUCCAGCGGGUCACGAGGGCGGGCCCUGCAACGCUUCCGCCCCUUGCCUGGGCCACGGACACUGCAAGCGGGGCAUCUGCCGCUGCGACGGGCCACACUUGGCCGUCAUAGCGGGCGUCUGCGUGCCGAUAACGACUCGCCGGCACACCACUAGGACCACUCGACGCAGGACCACUCGACGCAGGACCACUCGACGCAGGUCUAUUCGGACUACUUCAUCGAGCCGGACGAGGACGACGGCAAAAACAGGCAGACACGAAGGCACCACUAUCACGACUGUACCACCUUCUAUUGAGUUCACCUUCGUACGCACAGUUCGCAUCCGCAAGGGUGCUGCAACAACUACGACGGGAGAUCCCGUGAAUGGCACCAGGAAGGAACUCACCAAAAGGAGCGCCAUGGAACCCACCACGAACGACUUCGUGGAGCGCUCCCUAAGUCAAAUCAAACGCGCUAUGACGGACAGUACGAACCUCCCAACGGAACGUAGCGCGGGCAGCACCGUCGAACGCAAAGUGAACAGAACCACGAAACGCAGUUCGAGCAGCGCCGUGGAACACAGCGCGGGCAGCCCAGUGGAACACAGUGAGGGCAGCCCCGGGGAACGCAGCGCGACCCGAAUUCCGGACGGCAACAGCAGCAGCGGCGUAGAACGCAACAUGAACCGAAACAAGGAAAGCAGUUUGAGCAACACCGUGGAACACAGCGGCGGCAGCCCCGUGGAACACAGCGCUGGCAGCUCCGUGGAACGCAGCGCGACCCGAAUUCCGGACGGCAACACCACCAGUGCCGUAGAACACAACACGAACCGAAACAAGGAAAGCAAUUCGAGCAACACCAUGGAACACAGCGGGGGCAGCCGCGUGGAACACAGCGUGGGCAGCCCCGUGGAACACAGCGCAACGCGAAUUCCGGACGGCAACACCAGCAGCGCCGUAGAACGCAACACGAACCGAAACAAGGAAAGCAGUUCGAGCAACACCGUGGAACACAGCGGGGGCAUCCCCAUGGAACACAGCGUGGGUAGUCCCGUGGAACACAGCGUGGGCAGUCCCGUGGAAGACAGUGCGGGCAGUCCCGUGGAAGACAGCGCGGGCAGUCCCGUGGAAGACAGCGCGGGCAGUCCCGUCGAACACAGCGCGGGCAGUCCCAUCGAACACAGCGCGGGCAGCCCCGUGGAACACAGCGCGGGCAGUCCCGUGAAACACAGCGCGAGCAGUCCCGUGGAACACAGCGCGGGCAGUCCCGUGGAACACAGCGCGGGCAGUCCCGUGGAACACAGCGCGGGCAGUCCCGUGGAACGCAGUGCGACCCGAAUUCCGGAUGGCAGCACGAGCAGCGCCUUGGAACCCAACGCGAACCGAAACGAGGAAACCAGUUCGAGCAACACCGCGGAACGCAACGUGAACUGAACCCCGGAACGGAGCCCAAAACGAAUCAAGCACCGCACAACGAAAAGUAUCGCAAUAUAAAAUGUGACGAAAAGAGAGGACACUAGAUGGCGCUGUUCAGAAGUUCGUAGUUCGUAGAAGUUCGGGCUUGUGCAUAGUGUUAGCUACGGAGAGAAGCGCCCUGUGCGAGCUGAAUAAACGCAUCU